GCGUCGGUGGGGCGAGGAGCUACACACGCAUCAGCUGCAUCACAGUGUAGAGCCUAUGCAUAUGCAGCCAGUCGUCGUCGUCGACAGUCGCCGCUUGAAUUGACGCUCGGACGGUCGCGGUGCGUUACGCGCCGCAGUGUCUCUAUAAAAUGAAUAAUAAUCUGCAACAGUGACAAAGCUCUCAUCCGCUAUCUUAUCGACGAUCAAACUCUCUCUCUUUCUCUCAUCACUGGCUGCGUUAUUUUCACCUUAUCUUGUUUUGUGAUGAUCGGCCCCAGCUGAUAUCGUUCGUGCACCUCUCGUCUAUACCUAUCAGUACGAGCAUUUUCGCGCUUGUACACUAUUGUACUUUUCCGCGUGUGCAGCUUUCGGUCGCGUGUUUAAUUGGUUGUCGUGUUGAAAGCGCGCGCAGAAUCAAUGGUUCACAAAGUCCUUGUGCCCGAGGCCGACUACACUUUGCUGGCUGGAAAACAAAAGUUUUCCUGCUACAACGUCGUCGUUGUGAUCGUCAUAUUCCUGCUGGGAUUCACUUCUCUGGGACUCUUGGCUUACAACUUCUUCAAGACUGCCAUCGCAGAGGAGAAGCUGGUCCACAAUGUCAAAGUGCCAUCCUGGAUGCAUUGGUUCUGGCACCACAAUGCCACCAAUUCCACGGCGUUUGGAUCCACCAUAAAGCCCAUCGACGAGCACUUUGUUGUGUGCUACUACACAAAGAGAAGGGAUAACUCAUCCUCUCAGUUGACACCCAAUAAUGUGGAUCCUCAUCUCUGCACACACAUCAUUGUAGGAUUUGCUUCUGUGGUGAACUGCACCUUGGAUUUGGGAGAGGAUUUGUCCAUAUACAGAGAGAUGGUGGAGCUGAAGAAGUUUGAGCCCAACUUGAAAAUCAUGGUCAGCGUUGGAGGUGCUGACAAUGAAUCUGGAUAUCCUGAAAUGGUGCUGAACCAUGCCAACAGAAAAACCUUCAUAAGGUCGGUGUUAAAUGCUACAAAAACUCUCAACUUGGAUGGACUGGAUCUCGAUUGGGAGUUUCCUGCCUGGGCUCACAAAGCUGAUAGACAGAAAAUACAUUUUGUGCAAUUGGCUUAUGAAUUGAGGAAAGAAUUUGAUCGAAGUGGUCAGAAGCUGACACUGUCAGCUGCAGUUGCUGCUCCUCAAGCCAUCAUUGACCAAAGUUAUAUAGUACCAGAAUUUUCAGAGCAUGUUGACUUUAUAAAUCUGAUGUCUUAUGAUUACCAUUUUUAUAUUUGGUAUUAUCCAGUCACGGAUUUGAAUUCUCCUUUGUAUCCGCGAUCUUUGGAAACGGGAUAUUUGACAUCCUUGAACGUGAAUUUCUCAGCAAACUAUUGGGUUUUGAAAGGAAUGCCCCGAGAAAAAAUAGUUAUAGGCAUUCCAUUGUAUGGCCAUUCCUACAAAUUGUACAACCCCUCAAACCACAAAUUGCAAGCACCUGCUCGCGGUUACGGGGAUACGGGACAUAUGGGUUUUGUAACUUAUCCUGAAGUAUGCAAAUUUUUGAAGAAUGGCGCGGUGCGAGUUUUUGUUAAUGACAGUCAUGUACCAUACACAUACAAGAAUAAUGAAUGGAUAUCAUACGACGACGUUACCAGUGUUACCUAUAAGGCAACAUGGAUUAAAUCUAAUGGCUUCAAAGGUGCAAUGGUAUUUUCAUUAAAUACAGAUGAUUGGAAUUCAACAUGUACACCAAAUCACAGAUUUCCCUUGACAAGUAUUGUAAAAAAGAUUUUCAAUUCAAAACCAAAAUUAGUUUAAGAAUGUCUUUUAACUUUUCAAAGACUGGUAAUAUCUAAGUUGUAAAUAAAGUAUUUAUAGAUUUUAUGAAA